AUGGACAAAAAUAAGGUUUAUGGAUAGAAUAAUACAAUAAGUAUUUUUAUUUUCUAAUAUAGCUUUGUCGUUCACUCUUAAAGACAGAAUACAACUUAUUCGUCAGAGUAAGUAUUUAUGGUCAGAAAUAAUCCGACUUAAUUAAGCCAAUUGUUUCAAUGAUGAUUAUUAAAAUUUCCUAAUAUAAUUAAAAAAGUCAAUUCAACUUAAACCCGAGAUUUAAAAUUUUAUUAAUCUGCCCUCUAAUUUCCUUGAUCUCUUAAAAAGAGUAUUUGAGGAUCUUAAAAAUACAAUUAAAACUUUUCCAUAUUACUUAUGUUAUAAUCAUUGUUAUGAGUAAACAAAUCAAUAGAAUAGAAUUGAUCCUUGA